CUCCCCUUUCAAAAUACUCUUUCCAGGGAUGGGGAAAUUCUGUGGAAUCAUCACAUUCAGUUACCCAAGCAGGACCUACUGGAUCAUCCCAAGAGUUACUAUGAGACAGUUCUCCAUGGGAAUUCCUACAGAAGCUCAAUUCAUCAUAACCAGCCAGCCCAGGAUCUGGGAACUAGAGAGCUUCCUGCUCCGAGGAUUGAGGUCAGCCCUAAGAUUCUUCCAGAAUUUAGAAAAUCUCAGGUCUGGCAUCACCUGGCCCAAGGAAGCUGUUCAUCAUGGGAGAGAGAGGACAGCAGCGGCAGACAGAAUUUACCUGCAUCUUCUUGUCAUGGACCAGAGACAACUGAGCUUUCUUGUCAUGACCAACGCCAUCACCUUGCUGGAAUAUCAACAGUUGGAGGGAAUGGUUCUCCUUUUAAGCAAGCCCAGGCUAUUUUUCAGUUUCCCUUUUGAGGUGUCCAAGGACAAGUCAGACCAGGUUGCAAGAAAAAGAAUGCUGUUUCAGCUUGAGGAGAAAAACAGUUGGGCUUUCCCAGAACCUCCUCAGCUGCAAGAUGCUGGAGUACUCCUUUUGGCUAAAUCUGUGGAUCAACCACGAAGAGAAAUCCCAAGUGACCACCUACCUGAACCCAGCUCUCAAUCUAAGAAGCAAAGAAUAUUUCGAAAAUCUCUCUUUUCCAAGAUAUCAUGGAAACUCAGGCUCUGUAACCAGGAGCCCCUGAAGAAUAUGUUUUACCUUUUGGCAGAAAGGGCUCGGGAUUCCAACACCAAAAGACGUCACAUGGCAAUUAUAGGCUUAGGAAAUAUGGCUUAUGAAGCACCUGACAAGGUGAAAAAGUAUAAGAAGAUUUUGCUCGACUCACUGGUUCAUGGACUGUAUGACCCUGUGAGUUCUGAGAUCAUAUAUGAGAGUGUGAAGGCACUGAUUGUUAUCCUGGGCAAGAUCAAGGGGAAAGGUCUGGGCUCCUUCUUCAUAGAUAUCACUCUCCAGACCAGGACUUUAUUAGAUGAUGAAAAUGACAGCUUGAGAUAUUCAGCAUUUAUCUUGUUUGGGCAACUGGCUACCUUUGCUGGUUGGAAAUGGAAGAAAUUCUUCACCAGCCAGGUGAAAAGGACAAGGGACUCCCUCCUGGUCCACUUAAGGGAUGGAAACCCCCACGUUGCCACGGCCUGCAGAACAGCUUUUCAUGCCUGCUCUCCUUUUCUGAGAUUGAAGAAGGAGCCCCUGGAUUAUAGCAUCCAAGCCCAAGAAGAGCAAAGGAACCCCAAACUCUCUCGGCAUCUGAGCUACUACCCUCCAGAGCUGCUCCAGUUCUUCUAUGCAAAUAAAAUCCUGUAAACACAGAGCAUCCCAGAGGAGGGCGCCUAAUGAUCAGAUAUCUUGGAUUCUCAGCAUUUUACUUAGCUGCAUGUAUACUCCAUGGACCACUACAUAUUGGGGUGGGGAAAAAUGCUUGUUGUGAUAGCAAUUGGUAGUAACUAUUUCCAGGAAUCAUAGUCUGUAAGAACUGCAUAAUCAAAUCAAACUAGGUACUCCCCCAAACUUUCAAAUAGAACUUUAGAAUGCUGGAGUCAAAAGAGACUAGAAAUUAUCUGGGGCUCAGUUGGUCCCCAGGCAUUUUUUAUUGCAAAUUUUAUUUCUAGGGUGGCACACAAAGAAACAUUUAAAUAUUUAUAAAUUCUACCCUUUUUCUUGCAUUAUCUGUUUUAGUACAUUUCUCAUUUCUAUUUUUUAUCAUUUAGCUUUUAUUUUUUCUAAAUUUAAGAUUUCUUUACCUCAGUAUGAAUGUAACUCUUACCAUAGUUCAUUCCUUUCAGAUUUUCUAGGUCCAAAUUUUUAAAAAUAAACUUUGGCUCACAAAAUUUUAAUAAGACAAUAACUAUGCAUCAUAUAUGGGGGCAAAUUUAGGAUUAUUACCUUGGGUUCGUUUUGUUGUUGUUCAGUUGUUUCACUGACCCAAUUUGAGGUUUUCUUGACAAAGAUAUAGGAGUAAUUUUCCAUUUCCUUCUCCAGCUCAUUUUACAGAUAAGGAAACUGAGGCAAACAGCAUUGAGUGAGCUGCCCAGGGUCACAUAGUUAGAAAGUGUCUGAGGAGGGACUUACACUCAGGUCUUCCUGAGUCCAGGAAUCUCCUAACUGCCCUUCAUACAUUUCCAUUUUUGUCAUUUAUCUUUUAUUCUUUCUAAAAAUAAGAUUUCUUUACCUCAAUAGGAGUGUAACUCUUACCAUAGUUUAUUCCUUUCAGGUUCUCCAGACCCAAUGUUUAAAAAUAAACUUUGGUUUACACAA